UGCCAUUUGGCAAGUUGGCUAAUUCCCAGAAUUGUUCAUUUGUUUCCUUGUAAUUAUCAAGGAAAUAACAUGCCCAGAUGAUGACAAACUUACUAAUGACUGAGAAGAAUGGACAGGAGCAGAACAUAGUAUCUUUUUUAUCAAAACAACCAUAUGCCCACAACACUCCCUAAGUUGGAUAGUGUAUGUGUUGUUUUCAUCUUCAAACUCCAUCAUUUUGCAGCCUUCGGAUGAAGCUAUAAUUCACACAUUGAAAGUUCAUUACUGAAACCAGUGGUGGGAAGAAAAAGUUCAGAAUUUAGGUAAGGAGGUAAAAAUGGAAGCAUCAUGAAGCAUCUGUUGACAUGACUUCUUGAAGUCAGAUGUCUACAAAGUCACCUGCAGCAGUAAAAUGUGGGAUCCCUGAAGUACUCCUGGAAGAUUGCAGCUAUUGUGAUAUUUAAGCCAUGUAAUAUUCAAUUGCUACUGUCUCUGGUAUCCCAAACCAAUUUAAUUUUGAAGAAUUUGUGACUACAGGCAACCACCUGUUCCUCAGGAAUUAGCACCUCUUGAAAUUUCUACAGAAAUACUGAAGUAACAAUGGGAUCACAAAGCUGUAGUGAUGGUGAAAACAUCAGUAAUAAUAACUAAAAUAUGCAUGGAGAAAAAAGUGAAACAGCUUACAGUGAACAUUUGUAGAGGAGAAUUCACCCAGCAGAUGUUCAUGACAAGGUAAUCAUCGUUAGUCAAGAUGUCUUCAGCUCCUGAGCCUCCAGCAGUUAAAAAGGAACCACCCAAAGAGAAAGACUUUCCAAACCCAGGGCUCAGAAGUGUUCGUACAACGACCUUAUUUCGAGCUGUGAAUCCAGAGCUCUUCAUUAAACCUAACAAACCAGUAAUGGCUUUUGGAUUGGUAACCCUUUCGCUUUGUGUGGGUUAUCUUGGUUAUCUACAUGCAACACAAGACAAUAAGAAGGACCUCUCUGAAGCUAUUGAUAGUGAAGGACACAGUUAUAUGAGAAAGAAAACAUCUAAAUGGGAUUAAAGUUCUGGUUCCUGCAGAUAGAGCUUUAUUAGAAGCUCUGAAAUCUUCAACUGUAAGGCUUCGUGAGUGAGUCCAAUAAAAUGUUAAAAUGCAGUUGCCAUCAGUCCGAUGUAGUAAUGUAUCCUGUUACAGCUAACAGCUGUUACCUCAUUCUUUGCCUACAGUUUGCCAAUUUUCUCAUCCUCUUAUAAAAGUGCCUUAAGGAUAGAAGUCACUUUUGUUAAUGUAUAAAAUAAAAGUACCCAGUGCUGUUAAAUUUG